AUGUCGAUAGGGGUUCCUAUAAAAAUUUUACACGAGGCUGAAGGACAUAUUGUCACGCUUGAAACUAUGACCGGUGAAGUGUACCGAGGAAAGCUUGUUGAGGCUGAAGACAACAUGAAUUGUCAGAUGUCUAACACUACGGUAACUGCAAGAGAUGGCCGAGUGUCACAACUAGAACAAGUGUUCAUUCGAGGAAGCAAGAUCCGCUUUUUGAUUCUCCCGGACAUGUUGAAUUUACGAGGGUACAAGUUCUUUUACUGUGUUUUCCCAAGACCUCCGUCACCUCGUCGACCAUCUCCGUUUAGUCGAUAGGACUCUCGUGUUCCAUAUUAUAAUAGUGACAGUCAACUAACAAUUCAUUACCGCUUUUGUGUUUGCUUCACAUCAAAGAGACCAUUACUUCAAAUUAAAUCGAACUUCAUUUUGUAAGGGGAAUAGCAUUAGUUGGGAGCAACCUCAGAAUACCUAGCCACCUCGAAGCGAUGUCAAUCAACUUCUGAUGUAGUCGUGCAGUGAUUAAGCAAAUGGUGUGUUUUCAAUUCACACUCCCACACUCCCAUUGUCCUGUAGGUAUUUCUGAAGUUUAGCCUCUGAAUGCCACAGUGACCUAAGACUGAGGCAGGAUUUGCUUAGUUGAUAGAGAGCUUGACUGCACAGUGGCCGGGAGGUCUCAGGUUUAAUUCCCCUGGGGCUGGACCAAUAUCAGGGUCUUAAAAUUAGUUUAGAAGGGAAGUUAAUUCCUUUCCACUGCAACCGGCCAGACCUUCGUGUGGCUCAGGCGACCAUGUAAAAUGGCAGUCGCACGGCAAGUAAAUUUUGAUCUUUGGCAAGGAAAAAUAGAAGUUUGAUCAAAUUAGACUCAGUGGUCCAAUGAAUCUGUCUGAAAGUGUCAGCUUAGUAAAUGGUAAUUACCAGACAAUAACUAAUUCAAAACUGACGACUGCAGUAUGAGUUGGACAGUUAAAAGCAUGAAUCAAUUUAAAAUCCAAGUUCGCGGUUGCUUGCUUAUGUUACUCCUCCAAAAACUAUAUUGGUGAAAUCUCAUACAAAUAUAAUUUUGAUCACAAGAAACAAACCUCGAAACACAGAAACACAAAAAGGAUCCAAAUCCACCAAUCAAAAAUCACAAGCAAUGACCUUUUGAACCCAUUGAAGUAAACUACUGUUUCCUAAGAGGUUUGCCAAGAUGAUUGACAGCAGCAAAAAAUGCAGCAGCUGGCUUUUGCCCUUCAGAAUUUGUGUGUUUUUGAAAAGCACAGUAAGGGUGGGAAAGCUUGUUAACUAAGCUCUUUAACUAGGCUUCUUUAACAUCAAUUUGAAUCCAAGCAGAUUAGAAACACAUCAAAGGCGCUUGAAUCCAAAUGCAAGAAUAAGGAUUUGGUGCCUUUUCUGUAUGCAGCAAUGGCACCAAAAAUGUAGGGAAAAGCUAGAAAAAAAAAACUGA